AGAAAUAUUCGAUAAAAUAUGGGGCAACUCUUGUAUUGUAUGGAAUAUCUCAAAAUCCAAAUACGAAUGAUUAUAUUUUGGUUCAAAAUAAUUUCAUAAACUUAGUAAAUUGUUUAAGUGGAAAUGAAAUAAUAGAUGAUUUUAUUCAAGAAAUGCAAUUUAAAAUAAAUGACCAUGAUGAUAUAGUAUUUGAAUGGAUACCGUACAAUCAGUUUGAUAAUAUUAAAGAAAUAGGUAAAGGUGGAUUUGCUACAGUAUAUUCAGCAAAAUGGAAAGAUGGUUUAUUAGAAUAUGAUGAAGAUAAUAAAAUAUAUAAAAGGGAUCCAAAUAAAAUAAUUGCCUUAAAAUGUUUACAUAAUUCACAAAAUAUCAACAAUAAAUUUUUAAAUGAGACCAAAAAUUAUCCAAUAAACAAAAGAAGUAAUAUUCUUAGUAUAUAUGGAAUCUCUCAAAAUCCAAAUACAAAGGAAUAUAUUAUAGUUUUCAAAUAUGCAAAGAAAGGAAAUUUUAAUAAUUGGAUAAAUAAAAAUUAUGAAUAUUUCAAUUGGCAAGAUAAAUUAUCUGUAUUGGAUAAUAUUAUUUGUGGUCUUAAAGAAAUUCAUCAAAAAAAAUAUAUUCAUCAUUACUUUCAUACAGGAAAUAUAUUAUUUUUAAGUGAGAGAUAUAAUUUUGGUAAUUGUAUAUCAAUUUCAGACGUGGGAUUAUUUGGAGAAGUUAGUAAUAAAGAUGAAACAAAAAUUUAUGGAGUUAUGCCUUAUGUGGCUCCUGAAGUAUUAAGAGGAAAGCUUUAUACUCAAGCAGCAGAUAUCUAUAGCCUUGGUAUGAUCAUAUAUUUUGUAGCAACUGGAAAACAACCUUUUUACAAUCGUGCACAUGAUCAUCAUCUUGCAUUAGAUAUUUGUAAAGAAGUUAGGCCAGAAAUAAAUGAACAAGAAGCGCCAAGCUGUUAUAUUAGUUUAAUGAAAAGGUGUUGGGAUUCAGACCCAAACAAUAGACCAAAUAUUAUUGAAGUAGAUGAUUUAAUCACAUCAUUUUAUAAAUCAUCUGGGGUGGAUUUUUUUAUUGUAGAAAAUAAAGAAAUUGAAGUGCAAUUUAAUGAGGCAGAAAAAUAUAGAAAAUCAAAUCUUACAUCCGUUAAAAAUUACCAAGCAGCUACUCAUCCACAGGCUAUUUAUGUAUCUCGAUUACUUAACCCUUUUACAAAGGAUCUUCCAAAAUAUAAUGAUAACUCUGAAUGUUUAGAUUGCAAGGUUUAAUUAAAUAUAUACAAAUAAUUAAGAACGAAAUUCAGCAUACUUGGGUUAUCACAG